AUGUCCAGAGAAUUAAGCAGGAUUUUGAAUGAUGAUUCCUUAGAUAAGUUCACCACUAUGCGAAUUUCUUCACUUGAUGGUGACGAAGAUGAGGAAUUUGCAUUUGAUAACGAUGAUGAUGACGAUGAGGAAGAGGAAGAUGAAGAUGAAGAACAAGCGCCUGUAGUGUUAGGUUUUGUUGAAAAGCCGAAGCAUGAAUGGUCGCUUCUUCGUCAUCUAUUUCCAAGCAAAGCUGGAGGAACUCCUGCUUGGUUAGAUCCAAUCAAUUUGCCGUCUGGUAAAUCAUGUCUGUGUGACAUCUGUGGUGAACCUCUUCGAUUCUUGCUUCAGGCUUAUGCACCUCUAUCAGCUAAGGAUUCAACAUUUCACAGGACCUUAUUUGUAUUCAUGUGCCCAUCAAUGUCAUGUCUUCUCCAAGACCAGCAUGAGCAGUGGAAACACCGUCCAGAAAAAGGAUCUCGGAGUAUUAAGGUCUUCCGUUGCCAACUUGCCCGCAACAAUGAGUUUUACUCCACUGAACCUCCUGAAAACAAUGGCACUGACAAGCCUUUAGGGAGAGCAGCUCCACUCUGUGGUUGGUGUGGUACCUGGAAAGGAGAUAAAGUUUGUAGUAACUGUAAAAGAGCACGUUACUGUUCCAAGAUGCACCAGACCAUUCACUGGAGUUCAGCUCAUAAAAGCCGAUGCAGAACAUCAGAUCUUCCGCUUCAGGCAUCCAAUUCUGGAUCCACCAACUGUUCGGAGGAUAUACCAAAAGCUGCAAGCAAUGUUACCUGGCCAGAAUAUGAGAUUAUAAAUGAGGAUGAAUCUGAGUUUGACAUAGAAAUGUCUAACAGCGAUGCAUUUGGGAAGGCAUUACAUACUAAUAAUGAGGAUGAAGGAGAUGCAAAGAGUUGGGCUUCUUUCCAGAAAAGGAUAUCCCGUGCACCAGAUCAAGUGUUAAGGUAUUCUAGGCAUGAAACUUCUAAACCAUUGUGGCCCAUGUUAACUGGUCAACCAUCAAAAGUCGAUAUACCUAAAUGCAGUUCCUGUUGCAGCGAUCGAUCUUUUGAAUUUCAGAUUUUGCCACAGUUGCUUUACUUCUUUGAUGUCAAAAAUGAUGCAAAUUCGCUAGAUUGGGCCACCAUUGUCGUGUAUACAUGUGAAGCUUCGUGCAAUGGAAGUUUGGCAUACGAAGAAGAAUUCGCUUGGGUUCAACUCACACCCCAAUCAAGAUAACUCUUCCUUCCUUUUAACUUGUGCUCUCAUCUUUAUCCAUCAAAUUUUGGCUUGGAUUCCAUAUAUUUUGAUUACUGUUUGUUCUUGUUUAUCUGCUACAUUACAUUUUAAUUCCCAUAAAUUUGUAUCGUUUGGAAUAAGAUUUCUCUGCCAAACACACAUGGUAUUUUUUUACUUUUUACUAGAUGGUCGAAAAAACAGGAUCAUUGUAUAACAUUAAAACGGGAAAUGGAUCAAGUUAGUCAUUUUAGAUGAA